AGUGCUGAGCGGAGCUGGCGGUCUCACUUGUGCCCUGGAUUGUAACGGAGACACACACAGAGAGAGAGAGAGAGAGAGAGAGAGAGAGAGAGAGACCUCCACCAUGGAUGUCAAACUGCUGGCCCUGACUGCUCUGCUGGCCGUGGCCACACAUGUACCAACUUCUGACGCGAAGCCCAUCAGCCUGGUGGAACGCUGCUGGUGUCGCUCCACCCUCAACACGGUCCCUCAGCGCUCCAUCAGAGAGCUCAAGUUCCUCCACACGCCCAACUGCCCCUUCCAAGUCAUCGCCAAACUGAAGAACAACCGAGAAGUCUGCAUCAACCCGGAGACCAAGUGGCUGCAGCAGUACUUAAAGAACGCCAUCAACAAGGUGAAGAAAUCCAGACGACGCAACAACAAGAAGAACUGAACGCGAGGAAAGACGUGUUAGUGGUCGGACCUGGAGACCCCUGGGUCGAGUCUGUAUACCUCCCAGUCACUGCUAUGGAUGUUUGUAAACACGCUGUAUGUACCUGUUCACCGCUCUGGAGCGCCUGCAGCACCAGCACUUCACCGUCCACAGCACCGCCAACACCAACGACACCGCCACCAACCCCUCUGGACCUCCAGGUCUCCAUGUUAGCCUUCGGAUGACAGAACACAUGUUAACAUCAUUGAAACGUGUGUGGCUGUAGAUGUUCUUUUCAGACUUCACCGGGCGUUACAGAGAAUUCUGAGCUUUGUGGUCGACGCUGCCUUCAAUGUCUGUCAAAUUAUCUGUAAAUAUGAGCUGCUGAGGACGUUAGUGCCAGAUUCUUUAAAUCUCCUUCAUGUGGUUUUUGCAAACUAAAGAAGCGAGGCAGUAAUGACCCGUUUCAGUUACUUAACAUGACACCGAUUCGAGUAUUUCCACUUAAUCCGUUUUUUAAAGAGUGAAUUCUUCUUCUUCUGUUGUUCCUAAUCCUUUAAAAAAUACUUUCAGAGAUAUUUCACAUUAUAUUCUCCUCAUGGUUAUUUAGCAUUCCUCCAGCACUGAGGCGACACUUCAAACUUGCUAACUGGGUCACAAGCAGGGACCAAUCAGGUCAGGCGAUGCUGCAAACAAACACACACACACACACACACACACACACACACACACACACACACACACACACACACUAAUGGUGCUGUAUAUUUACACUGAGGGUCAGAGACGUGAACAUAACUUUAUUUCACUGUUUAUUUGUAUUAAAGAUUAAAGAUGGCAUUUUAUGAGCUCGACGUCUGAACUGAAACACUUUGAAGUUUUUAUAAAUCACAAAAUAUUUAAAGCGCUGUAUUAAAAGCUGAUGUGAUGCUCAGACAAGGGGGCGUGUCCAGAUGGGGUGAGGAGAUUCGAUUGCCCACUCCUGGUGCAACACCAAAGUCUUGAAAAAUAAUUAGCUAAUUGCUUGUUGCCGUUUUGGACGCCCCUCGGUUUGCCAGAUAUGAGAGCAGACAGUCAAGUCAACAGGUGUUGCAGCGAUGGAAGCGGGCAAGAGAACUGGUUCAGAUACAAGUGAUUGUACCCGACCUAAAAAGCCUCUGCAUGUUUCUAAUAAGCUCCACGAGCAGAAACGUGCUCAAACUAGGAUCAAUAUUGGAGAUGCUUUUGAAAAAUGGAGAGAGGUUAGAACACAGAAAGGUUUACAGACCGAUGCAGAGCUGGAUAAACACUGAAGCUUCAGUGUCCACCACAUGGUAACCUGUGUGAGCAUCGACUCUAGAGAGGGGGGGGGGGGGUACAGCUCUCUACAAUGUUUAGAAUUUAGACUGCAGUACCCAUUUUAAACACUAGGGGUCAGAGUUACAUACUGCUCCUUUAAAUUAGAUUUGAUUAUAAAUCGGAGAUUCACUAGCCCUCUGCAGAUUUCCUGUUAAAGAAAUAAACGCCCCUGUGGCGCCUCGCCAUCACUAUGAAUGUCACUGAAGUGUAACGGGCAAGAUGGGAUGGGCGGAGCUAAAUCAGCGCUGUGUGUGUGCGUGUAUGUGGAGCUCCUGCUGUUUCUCAACACAUCGAGGCUGAUAUUACACUGAUACAGAAACAAAGUUAACAUACAAAGACGUAUAGAAAACGGAGCUUCAUUACAGCCCCCCCCCGCAUGCGUCUGUGUAUCUUUCCGUCCCUCUUUCAGGAAAGUCUUGACACGCCCCUAUUCUCAUGCCUCAGCGGUUCAAAAAGUAUAAAAAAAAGAUUUAACAGACAAAAAAUGUAUACCCUGAAACGUUGCACCUCAGAGAACAUCAACUUUUCAUUCACUGUUAGAAGAAUGUAAACAAGCAUCUGAAAUCACUCUGCAGCGUUUUCAUCCCGACAGCGUCCUCGGUAAGAGCGAACAGCUAAUAAACCGCCAUGUGAAAACAGCAGAACGAGAAAAUGUUACAAAGGGAAAAGUUCACAAGCGUCUUUUUUUAUAUAUUUGAGCCACUUUAUAUUCAGAUGUGUUUGUUUUAUUUUUAUAUCGUGUAUAAUCAUACUAAAAGCUUUUUAAUGCAGCCGACUGCAGAGGCGACUAAAUGAAGGCUUUGCUGCCCGCUUCCACAUCGUCCGUGAACGCCACAGUCCGUCAGCGCCAUUCACCCCCACUCUAGUCAAUGCUUCUGUUCCCACAGCGAGCGCCACAGUACGUCUCCGAAGCAUGCCAGCAGCACCACUACGCUCUGCUCCAUUUUAAAUACACACUGAGUCUUUUUUUCAACAGAGCUCGCUGUAGGCACGCGUCACCCUGGACAGAAUAGAUCGACCCAGACAGACGUAGUGGAGCAGGGCGCUCGCCGUCUGACCGAGCAAAAAACGCAGCGUGCAUGGACGAUGUGGAAAGUGGCAGUUUUAGUCCGUAACAUGCAAGAAACAGUCUUACAUUUCUUUCCUAAGGUUUAAUGAGCUGUGUAUGUUAAACACAUUUUGUAUAAUGUGGAUAAAAUGUUUUGUCUCCUAACAACCAUUCUGUGAUGUAACAAACGUGGCGUGAAUAAAACCCAGCAUGCAGAAAAAACGCUGCUGUGGUCGUGUUCCUCAGGUCGUCCCUUUAAACUCUUGAUUCGGUUUUUGGACACUUUUCCUGCAGCUGAUGAACGAUGUGUCAGAAGGAGCUCUGAGCCAAAGCAGAAGAAAAAACCUCAGAGCGGCCGACAUGUGCUUUCAAUCAGAGACACUCCCAGCCGCCCACCAAGGGGCUCGCCGUUCACUUUCACUCCACCGCGGCCACUAGUCCUUUUGUUGUCUGUUUCCGUUGGAUCGUUCUCGUGUAAACUUGGCCUAUUGUCAUAAUUUUACUAAAUUCAUGAGAGCGAAAAAACAUCCAGUAACUACGGAAGCCCAAAGUGGACAAACAUCCUUACAUCUCUGUUUCCUGUAAUAACGAGUAGAAUUUGAUUGAUUUAUCAAAUUUUUUUAAGAGUAACGGCGCUGGUUUUCCCCGUGAUGACAACUUCGAUUCAGACGUUUUCUUCAGAUCUUAAUAAAUUAUUUUGUCAUGAAGAUAAAACCAGCAUUUGUUAUCUCGAGAUAACGAUGGAAACGAGUCAAAAACCUCGAUAGAUAAACUGAAAUUACUCCACAUCGCAGAAAACCUGGGUUUGUCGACUAAGGGCUUCCGUCUUUUAACUUCACAGGAAUAAAAAAAACAGUUUAUUAAAAGUACUAAACCACCUCGCUAACCGCUCUGUUAGCCGUGUUUAAGUGUUAGCUGAAGGGGCUUUUGUCAGAGUCAUGUGAUAACGUUUAACCUGACUGAACUGAGUCAGAUUCAAACUCUUACAUCGUGUAAAGUUUCUCUUUGUGUGAUUUGGACCAAAUAGAAGAAAGGGGUCGGUGUGUUUUUUAACCCGGGAGAAUGUGAACGCGGUCCGGAGGUGGCUCCUGACGCGGGUUCUUUAUGUCUUACUUUCUGUAUCGUCUCUGAUUGUAAACCAGAUGGCAGUAUUUUUUAAGGCUAUGAUACAUUUUUAAAAUAAAGUCUUAUAAACAUAAAAA